AUGCAUUGGCCAGUAGCCGACAAGCUAUUCGGCGGCAAGGAGAUUAACUACCGUGACGCAUGGUCAGGCAUGGUCCUGCUUAAACAAAAAGGCAAGACGAGACACAUUGGUGUCUCGAACUUCUCGCCAGAACAGCUCGAGGAUCUGUUGAACCACACCUCCACCCCACCUGAGGUGCACCAAAUGGAGCUGCACCCAUACCUCCAGCAAAACGAAUGGAUCGACUUCCACAAGACUCACAGCAUCCACGUCACGGCCUACUCCCCACUCGGCGGCACAAACCCAGCCUACGACAAGAAGAGCAAAGACAAGAAAAAUAAGAAAGACAAGCACGACGACCCAACCCCGCUCCUCAAGAGCAAGGUAAUCCACAAGAUCGCCAAGAAGCGCGACUGCACACCAGCGCAGGUUGUCCUGCAAUGGGGCCUCCUCCGCGGCACGAGCGUGAUCCCGAAGAGCGUGCACAAGAACUACAUCAAGGAGAACUUCAAGGCAACGGAGUUUUCGUUGAAGGAGAAGGAUAUCGAGAAGAUUGACAAGCUGGGGAAGUACCAUCAUAGGUAUAACAACCCUAGUGGGAGCUGGGAGGUGCCGCUUUAUGAGGGGUUGGAGGAUCAGGAUGGUGAGCACAAGGGGGCGAAAUUUUGGCAUGACAAGUAG